UAUAUACAGAAAACAGAAAAUAGAAUCCUGGGAAAAGAAAAGAGAGAAAAUCCCCAAAAAUCUAGGGUUUUUUCUUCUACGAAAUCUCGUUACUGCCGGCUGUCGGGUGUCCCCAAUCGCUUCUCUUUACCAACUUCUUCUCUGUUCGUUUUCCUCUGAACUCUGCAAAAUCGUGAUCGGUUUAAACAACUUCAGGGUUUCAAAAUUUUCAAUCUUCAACAAGUUAUCAUCAUAGAAGAAGGUUGCAAAAACUCUUGCUGCGAAUUCCCUCUGAGAUGCAAUCGAAACCGGGAAGAGGAAAUGAAGCCGAAGUCGAUCACCAUGCUGAUCAGCAACCGAUGAUGUAUCCAGAGCCCUGGUGGAAAAAUAACUCUUUUGGUGUCGUGCCUCAAGCGAGACCUUCUGGAAUUCCAUCAAAUUCCUCUUCUUUGGAAUGUCCCAACGGUUCCGAAUCAAACGAUGUUCAUUCUGCAUCCGAAGACGGGGCCUUGAAUGGUGAAAACGAUGGCGCUUGGAAGGAUUCUCAAGCUGCAACUUCGUCCCGUUCAGUAGAUAACCGUGGAGUGGAAGGGAAUGAUGCAGCGCACUUGGCAGCUUCUAUGCAUAACACGCAUGAGCAGCAACUUGUACAACCACCAGAGCUUGUCGGACACUAUAUUGCUUGUGUCCCAAAUCCAUAUCAGGAUCCAUAUUAUGGGGGAAUGAUGGGAGCAUAUGGUCAUCAGCCAUUGGGUUUUCGCCCAUAUCUUGGAAUGCCUCGUGCACGAACAGCGCUACCACUUGACAUGACACAAGAACCUGUUUUUGUGAAUGCGAAACAGUACGAGGGAAUUCUAAGGCGAAGAAAAGCACGUGCUAAGGCAGAGCUAGAAAGGAAAGUGAUCAACAGAAAGCCAUAUCUUCAUGAGUCGAGACACAAGCAUGCGAUGAGAAGGGCAAGAGCUAGUGGAGGCCGGUUUGCGAAGAAAAGUGAGGUAGAAGCAUCAGAAGAUGCAGCAGCAGGGAGAGAAAGAGAAAAGGGUUCAGCAACCAACUCAUCAGGCUCUGAACCAGUCGAGACAGACUCUAAUGAGACCCUGAAUUCUGCAGGUGCACCAUAAUAAGCCAAGGCUCUGGGAAAGAGAGAGAGAGACACUUUGGCUAGAUACAACCAUUGCCCGAAACCGGCAAAUCAUUCUUGGCUUUUGAGUUUAGUGCUUGCUUAGUUCUUGUGAUAGUCUCAUAUUGUGUGGUUUUGCAGUUACGAUGUACAAAGAGAGUCGAGUUAUGUUAGGUGUUAGAUUUGGGGACAAGAGACGGGGAAUAGUCAGUAGGUCUUGUUUUUAUUCUUUUACCAGUUUCCCGUAUUUCUUUUGGAAAAUUGGAAAAUACGUUUGUUUAAUCGUUUGCUUUUUCUGAGAAGAAAGUGUUACAGAGAUGAAA